AUGAAACGUCUCUUCUCGAAAAUAAAACUGGAGCCAGGUCGGGCUUCAGUUGCUCUAUUCAAAACCGACUCCACUGCUUCACUCACCGAGAAGAAUCGAAAAACAGGCAUGUUCGACACACUACAACAAAUGAUUAAAGAACAUGACAAACAAAAAAUUGCUCAAGCAUCAACAGUUUGGGGUCACUUUCCUUCAGAUCCAGAAGAAAUACCUGAAUUUCUAUUCAGUGCGAUGGAUUAUUUAGAGAGACACGGAUUGGAGACUGUUGGCAUUUUCCGUCACUCCACGUCAAAAAGCAGGGAAGAUAAAGUGAUGCAAGAAAUUGAUGAAAAGUUCAGAGCUGGUGGAGCCAAAAACGCAACUGUAAACUUUGAAGAGUAUCAUGACAUACACUUGGCAGCUUCUCUUAUCAAGGUUUAUUUGAGAAAGCUCAACGAACCUCUUCUUACCAACAAAUUGUACGAAAGCUUUUUGGCAACCUCAAAGAUGACAUCUCCUCGAUGUUCUGAUGCUGGUGAAACUGCCAACUUGUCUGCUACUGAAAUUGAAGAAGCAGAAAACAAUAGAAAAAUUAGAUUAUUGCAACAAGUGGUUUCUCUUCUGCCAAUCGCAAAUUAUUGUCUUUUGAAACGAUUGUGUCUCUUUUUGAAUAAGAUCACAAAAUUUCAAUCACAGAAUUUGAUGAGUCCAGAAAAUAUUGCCAUCGUUUUCCAACCCAAUGUACUUUAUUUGAAAGAUCAAGAUCCCAUGUUGACCAUUCGUGACAUUUCCAAUGCCACCAAUGUCAUAAAAUCCUUGAUUGUAUUCGCACCAGAAAUAUUUGGUGAGCAAGAACAAGCAACACCACGCACCCGACUCACCACAGAGCCAUCUGAUAGUGACAGUAGCACUCUUGAUACAUCCUCUCUCGUGUCAGAGAUUUUAUCCAGCACUACAGAUGCCACAACAACGACUGCUGCUUUACAGGCAGUUACUUCACCCUUAACAAGUCCAAGAAGCUCAUCUUCAAAUAAUUCCGUCAACACUACAUCUACUUCAACUGUACCUAGCAUUGCAUUACAACGAACGCCAUCUGCAAGUUCCAUGCAUUUAGACGUAUCUGCUUGUGGAGGUGAUCAAACACCAGAAAUUUUGCAAGAAGGUCAACCUUUCUACAAGGGAGAAACUAAUUCAAAAGGAGAAAAACAUGGCUAUGGAAUUCUCAUGUUUCAUGACGGCUCCGUAUUUGAGGGCAAUUUUAUAGAUGACAAGAAAGAAGGCCAUGGUAAAAUGGUCUGGGCCGAUGGCUCCAAAUAUGAAGGUGAAUUUUCAAAUGAUACCAUUACAGGACGAGGUACAUACAAGUAUGCAUCUGGAGAUCAUUAUGAUGGACAUUUUGUGAAUGGAUUGAGAGAAGGAAAGGGUAAAAUUAAAUUUGCAUCCAAUCAAAGCCAUUAUGAGGGUGAAUGGUUGCAAGAUAAACGCCAUGGAUUUGGUAAACAAUCGUAUGCCAAUGGUGACGUUUAUGAGGGAGAGUGGAAACAAGAUUUCAGUAGUGGAUAUGGUACAUUUACCUCUGAAGGAUAUACCUAUGAAGGAUACUGGAAGAGUGGUAAAUUUGAUGGAAAAGGCAAAUUUAUCUUGUUCAUUGAUUCUAAUCGAAGAGAAAUUCUUGAGGGUGAAUGGCUGGAUGGCCAAUUACAUGGCGAAUUGCACUACACAGAUGGAGAAGGAAGAAAAUUUUUACAAACGUACGAGAAGGGAGAGCUUGUCAAGAAUGAUCGAUUGAUUGACGAAAAGGAACAACGCGUAUUGGAUUUAGUUCAAAAAUUAAUGUUAGAACCUAUUAAGAGUCAUCCACAAAUUAAGUUCAUUCUCGAGAAGCAAGUCAUUCAACAUCAUCAAGAUGCUUCGAGCCCAGUAAUUCCACAUCCGUCCAUCGAUGUAGCAAUUGAUCACCAACAAGAACAGCUUCGAAAUGCGCUUUACAAAGUCUUAACCACCCCAGAGACAACCAUCGUUUUUGAUUUACUAUGUUCUCUUGUGGAACUCAUUCCAAACACCUUUUCAACAACUGCCACAAUUGCAGCCAGUAACAUACAAUUCACACAAGAGUUAAUGUAA